GUCUGUCAAAAUCAGCACUCAACGACGACGACGAGCGCUGCCGGACGGAGGUAGAAGAAACGGUGCAGAAACGAGACGGCAGAAGCAGGCACGAAACGACGGUACCGAACAGAGUGUGCGAGAAAUCUUUCACUUUGCCCCGUUGCAGUCCAAUCAUGGCGGCUUUCGUAGGACGAAUUUGUGGAUCCGGAUUGUUGAGCCCGAAAGGCGGCGCUACCUUGCAGAAGGUACAAAAUUUCUCUACGAGCCGCGCCUGGACCAAGAACCAGAAGGUUGCCACCGCUGCCGGUGUGCUGGUCGGAGGCGCCGGAGCGCUUCUGUACGCCCUCGAACAAUCGGUGUCCGCUUCCGGUACGGAGGUGCACCCGCCGGAACUGCCAUGGAACCAUAAGGGUAUGCUCGACUCGCUCGACCACGCGUCGGUCCGGCGCGGGUACGAGGUGUACAAGCAGGUGUGCGCGGCCUGCCACUCGAUGCGCUUCAUCGCCUACCGCAAUCUGGUCGGCGUGUCGCACACCGAGGCGGAAGCGAAGGCCGAGGCGGAGGAGAUCCAGGUGCGCGACGGUCCGGACGAGGCGGGCAACUACUUCAUGCGGCCCGGCAAGCUGUCCGACUACUUCCCGAGCCCGUACCCGAACGAGGAAGCGGCCCGCGCCGCCAACAACGGUGCCUAUCCGCCCGAUCUGAGCUACAUUGCGCUCGCACGUCACGGUGGCGAGGACUAUCUGUUCGCGCUGCUCACCGGCUACUGCGAUGCGCCGGCCGGCGUGGUGCUGCGCGAGGGUCAGUAUUACAACCCGUACUUCCCCGGUGGUGCCAUCUCGAUGGCGCAGGCACUGUACAACGAGGCCGCUGAAUAUUCCGACGGUACGCCACCGACUGCCAGCCAGCUGGCGAAGGAUGUGUCCACGUUCCUGGUGUGGGCCGCCGAACCUUAUCACGACGAGCGCAAGCGCAUGGGCAUCAAAUCGGUCGGCAUCAUCAUGAUUCUCGGUGCGCUGUCCUACUACAUCAAGCGACACAAGUGGGCCGCGCUCAAGACGCGAAAGAUUUCCUUCCACCCAAAGAGCAAGUAAGCGGGACCGCGCUCGGGCCGCACCAACAACAGCAGCAACAGCAUAGGUGAGAUGUGAAGUGGAGGAAACUGGCCAUCAGCUGCCGGCCGCGCGAAUCGAGACCACUGGACGGGAAUCAUCGGCAUACCAACAACAAAACACACACACAGCCACAGAGGAAAAAGCAAAAGCGCAAAAGAAACGAAGGAAAAACCGGUAGAGUAACACCGGCCACAAUUGGCACCUAGGAACACAGUGCACCAGUGGGAAUUGGGUGCAAGGAUGAACGAGGAGGAGGGAUCGAAGUGUAGCGGCUGGGAGGGGGUGUCGAAUGUAAGGACUUUGUUUUAUUAAAGAAUAGGAUAUUAAAAUCAAUCCUAAGCUACCGAUACUCGCCAAAUACAGAGAAGGAUCCGUCUGGUUACAGCUGCCACCACCCUUACGCAAACAAGAACAUGACACCUCCCCUCGCCAGCCACUUCUCGCUUCUCCCCGUGUGUGCGUGUGUGUCUCUCUUCCAUCUGACACCAUCCGCGAUCUGUUUACGGAUUGCGUGCGCCGCACAACAUCCUUGCACACCGGGCUUCUGGUUAGUUUUCUUUUCCUUCCUUUCUUUUCCAUGUAUAGUUCAAUUAUCCUAUUGUACGCAGUCACAAACCACUACCCGAUAUGUGCUACAAGAAAUUACCGACAAACACAAAGCUCUCACGAUCGUCUUGUUUCUUUUGUGGGUGAGAUCGAUUUCCGGGACGAUUCUACGAUUCCCUGUCCGAAAGUGGGUGUGUGUGAUGUGAUCACCAGGUGGUCACUAUUACCGCUCUUGUGAAAGUUAAAGCGUGUCAAUUUUAAAUUUGUCACACUAGUCCCAAUGCCCGCGUGCGCUUGUGUGUGUGAGUGUGUUUGAACCAUCGUGGAGCUGGUGGUGCACGAUCCUUUCUAAAAGGAGCGAAAACACAAGCGUCCUUGUUGUAGUACUAGUGGUAGUAGUAUGGAGGCGUAAGAUUUUAUUUUAUAAAAAAUCAUCAAAAACAUAGUCGAACGAUUCCCGGGGUUUGGCGGCGGAUGAUGGAAAGUGUGAUUAGCAAAACAAAACAAACAAUAAAACCUAAAACCGAAACCGUUGUUAAUUUAA